AAUGGAAUCGGUUUUUUUCUUCUUAACCGAAUCCACCCCUACCACUUUUCCUCAUUUUAUUUCUUCUCCUUCUCUCUCUUUCUCUCUCUGUCUCUCCCUCAUCGUCAUCCCCAACCACUAUUCCGCGAUUCAGAUCGCUCGCUCCGACGAAUCCAAACCACCACGCUCUCUUCAUCUCUGUCUUGAGAUCUGAGCUUUCCAGACGGUGUAUAUUUGUUUUGGAUGGUGGAGGAAUGUUUGAUCGGAUGAUAGGGAGGGUUGAAAGUCUUCCGUUGGUGGUUGGAUGUGAUUGGUAGGGGGAUUGGUUUUUUCAGCUUGCUUUUGAUUGAUGAGAUGAAAUGGGAAAAGAAAAAGGAAACACCAAUCUUAGUCUUGAUUAUGUUGAAUGAUAAAUUCAUGUCUGCAUUAUCUUGGAAGCAAACAGAAGGUGUACAGUCUGGUUGUGCUUUCUCCCUUCUUCGGAAGCAUUAAAGUUUAAGGAAUAUGUUUGGAGGCGAUAACAACAACCCUGUUUUUCCAGUUUUCCUUGAGGAAAAUCGUUACCAAUAUGAUACUAAUGCAAUGCCCCAGUUGCAGUUAUUUGGAGACUUCCCAGUUGGAUGUGGUGGUAAUCCCCUAAACUACAUGAGAAAUGACCAUGCAAAUGCUCUGCAUGGACCAAUCAAAAGAAGCAGGGAGGCAGAAUCUUUUUCUAGACAUCAAAAACUUCACAUAUCUUUGAAUAAUAAUAACCUUUGCCAUGAUGAAGCUGGUCAGUCUGGGAGCAUCCUGAAUCCAAACCCAGUAUCAACUGGGCUGAAACUUUCUUAUGAGGAAGAUGAGCACAACUCUUCUAUUACUUCCGCAAGUGAUAGCAUGACCGCCGCGCUCCCUGUUAUUUCAUCUCUUGGUGAUAAUCUGAAGUCAGAGAUUGAUCGGCAGAAAGAGGAAUUUGAUCACUAUAUCAGAGUUCAGGAAGAAAACAUCAUCAAGGGUGUAAGGGAACUGAAGCAGAGACAAACAGUUUCCUUCCUAAGUGCUAUAGAAAAAGGAGUAGGCAAGAAAUUACGUGAGAAAGAAUUCGAGAUAGAAAAUAUGAACCGCAAGAACAAAGAACUAGUGGAGAGAGUAAAGCAGGUGACCAUGGAAGUUCAGUCAUGGCACUACAGAGCAAAGUACAAUGAGUCUUUAGUCAAUGUGCUGAAGAGCAAUUUGAAGCAGGUUGUGGCACAAGGUGCCAUGCAAGGGAAGGAAGGCUGUGGGGACAGUGAGGUAGAUGAUGCAGCAUCUUACACAGACCAUAUCCAAUUGGGCGUUGUGGGCUGUUCUGGAAAUCCUACAUCCAUGAAGAAGCAGGUGAAUUGCAGAGCUUGCAAGGUUAGAGAAGUGUGUGUGUUAUUACUGCCUUGUAGACACUUGUGUCUGUGCAUGGAUUGUGAAGGAUUUAUUGACGUUUGCCCGGUUUGUCAGGUAAUGAAAUCUGCAAGUGUUCAAGUGUUCAUGUCGUGACUAAACACUUGCAAGUUUCAUUACCGCUUUUCAAGUACAGGAUUUACCUUGAAUUAAAAAUAUCUUCUCUCAUGGUCACUGGAAUUGUGAAAUGGGCAUGAGGCUGUUAAUGAACUUGUUGAAAACUUGAAAUAGAGGAGGGGGCUGGUGCCUUGUUUUUGUUGUGUAUGUAUCUUGAUGUUCAGAAUCAAUAGAAAGAUCUUUAAAACUCAAACUAGCCAAACUUCUAUCUUUUAUUGUACAAAUUCUGGAAAGAUGAAUGAUGUCAUCUCAAAUUUGUAUCA